AUGUCAUCAUUAGAUAACGACAAAACUGAAAAUUUCAUUCAAGAAAGAUUAGAUUCAUUACAUGAAAUAGAUUGUAAAGUAGUAACUUUACUUGAUCAAUUUUCUUCAAUUUUCCAAUCAUUUUAUACUAAAAGUAAAGAAGAUUUUUCUCAACAAACUUCCGAUAUAUAUUCUACUUUGAGUAAAGUAGCUAUUGAUUUACGUAAAGAAAUUAAAAUUAUGGAUGAUAAUAUUGGGGCAUAUGAUAAAAAUGAUGAUAAUGUGAUGAUAUUACCUAUUAGUAAUGUUGAUCAAAAAAAUACAAAAUUAGGUAGAAAACGAUUGGAUUUAGAAUUGGCAGAGUUGAAAAGACUAAUAUCGGAUGAGAAACAAGUUGAAACUUUAGAAAAUGAAUCUAAUAAUGAAAUACAACCUAAAACUGAAAGUGAUACCAACCAAGUAGAAACUAAUGAAAAUGGAAACGACAUAAACAAUAAAGAAAGUGAGGACAUUGAAAUGAAAGAAUAA